GUCGCAGCAGCGGCAGCAGCAGAAAAGUGCAGAACUUUGGCGCCCGCGUUACGCACGGACCAUCGAACCGCAUGGAAGGUCAACAGCAAACCAUCUAUAUUUUUUCUCCCUCCCUCUGCGUUUCUCUAUUCUCUCCCUUCUCCAUCUUGCGCAAAUUCUCUCCAUCCCACUUGCAAAAUCAUCCAUCUCCAUCCACCAUCUCCUAGACACGCUGUUACGACUUCACGAAUAGAAUACAACGAGAGGUAAGCUCCCACAUUUCCAAGAACUCCCCCACCUGGUCUAUGCUGCCAUGCUGCGAUGCUGCCCUCCACCUUGGACAGAGCUCCCCCUCAGAAUCUCAGCCUCACCACGGCAACAAGAGCAUUGCGGAGUCUGGUGUUUCAGUCAAUCUCAGCCUCAACUCUGAUUCACAUCGUUUCGAGCAUCUCAGCAUGAUCAAGAGUCAUCUGCCCCUCAUUACUACUUGAUACUCACAUUCCCCUCUCCAGACUUACGAAACAAACCGUCAUCAUGGCCGGCGAAACCUUCGAGUUCCAGGCUGAGAUCUCUCAACUUCUCUCCCUCAUCAUCAACACAGUCUACUCCAACAAGGAGAUCUUCCUGAGAGAGUUGGUUUCCAACUGUUCCGAUGCUCUCGACAAGAUCAGAUAUGAGGCCCUCUCCGAUUCGAGUAAGCUCGAAACCGGCAAGGACCUUCGUAUCGACAUCAUCCCAGACAAGGAGUCCAAGACCCUGACCAUUCGCGAUACUGGUAUUGGUAUGACCAAGGCUGUAAGUACUCGAUUCACACCUUCCGACGACCAUGGACUAACUUUCCCCAGGAUCUCGUCAACAACUUGGGUACAAUUGCCCGAUCCGGUACCAAGCAAUUUAUGGAGGCUCUCACUGCAGGUGCUGAUAUUUCCAUGAUUGGUCAAUUCGGUGUUGGUUUCUACUCCGCAUACCUCGUCGCAGAUCGCGUCACCGUCAUCUCAAAACACAACGAUGAUGAGCAAUACAUUUGGGAGUCCAGCGCUGGUGGAACUUUCACCCUCACCCCAGACACUGACGGUGAAGAUCUCGGACGAGGAACCAAGAUGAUCCUUCACUUGAAGGACGAGCAGAUGGACUACCUCAAUGAGGCCAAGAUUAAGGAGGUCAUCAAGAAGCACUCUGAGUUCAUCUCAUACCCAAUCUACCUCCACGUCUUGAAGGAGACCGAGACUGAGGUUCCUGAUGAGGAUGAGGAGACCAAGGCUGAUGAUGAUGACGAGAAGAAGGCCAAGAUCGAGGAGGUUGAUGACGACGAGGAGGAAAAGAAGGAAAAGAAGACCAAGAAGAUCAAGGAGUCCAAGAUUGAGGAGGAGGAGCUCAACAAGCAAAAGCCAAUCUGGACCAGAAAUCCACAAGACAUCACCACUGAGGAGUACGGUGCUUUCUACAAAUCCCUCUCCAACGACUGGGAAGACCACCUUGCUGUCAAGCACUUCUCCGUUGAGGGUCAACUCGAGUUCCGCGCCAUUCUCUUCGUUCCAAAGCGUGCUCCUUUCGAUCUUUUCGAGACCAAGAAGACCAAAAACAACAUCAAGCUCUACGUUCGUCGUGUCUUUAUCACUGAUGAUGCCACUGACCUCAUCCCAGAGUGGUUGAGCUUCGUCAAGGGUGUUGUUGAUUCCGAGGAUCUUCCAUUGAACUUGUCUCGUGAGACUCUUCAACAAAACAAGAUCAUGAAGGUCAUCAAGAAGAACAUUGUCAAGAAGGUGCUUGAGCUCUUUGGCGAGAUUGCUGAGGACAAGGAGAACUUUGACAAAUUCUACACUGCUUUCAGCAAGAACAUCAAGUUGGGUAUCCACGAGGACUCUCAAAAUCGAAAUGCUCUUGCCAAGCUUCUCCGAUUCAGCUCCACCAAGUCUGGCGAUGACAUUAUCUCCCUCUCCGACUAUGUCACCCGCAUGCCAGAGCACCAAAAGAACAUGUACUACAUCACUGGCGAGUCCCUCAAGGCUGUCCAAAAGUCACCUUUCCUCGAGUCUCUUAAGGAGAAGAACUUCGAGGUUCUCUUCUUGGUUGACCCCAUUGAUGAGUACGCCAUGACCCAAUUGAAGGAAUUCGAGGGCAAGAAGCUUGUCGACAUCACCAAGGACUUUGAACUUGAGGAGACUGAUGAGGAGAAGACCACUCGUGAGGCUGAGGAGAAGGAGUAUGAAGGUCUUGCCAAGGCACUCAAGAACGUCUUGGGUGACAAGGUCGAAAAGGUCGUUGUCAGCCACAAGCUCAUUGGUGCUCCCUGCGCCAUCCGUACUGGUCAAUUCGGUUGGUCCGCCAACAUGGAACGUAUCAUGAAGGCACAAGCUCUCCGUGACACCUCCAUGUCCUCUUACAUGUCAUCCAAGAAGACCUUUGAGAUCUCCCCAAGAUCGCCAAUCGUCAAGGAACUCAAGAAGAAGGUUGAGGCUGAUGGUGAGAAUGACCGAACCGUCAAGUCCAUCACUCAACUUCUCUUUGAGACCUCCCUUCUUGUUUCUGGUUUCACCAUUGAGGAGCCAGCUGGAUUCGCCGAGCGUAUUCACAAGCUUGUUUCUCUUGGAUUGAACGUUGAUGAGGAGCCAGAGGCCGAGGAGGUUACUGCCACUGAGGAGGCUAGCGACGUUCCUGCCGAGAGUGCCAUGGAGGAGGUUGACUAAAUGCGUGCUCUUUUUAUGAAAACUGGUCUUUUUUUGUGGCGUGCGUUUGGGGAAAUUUGCGGAGUUAGAUAUGGUUGGGUUGGGCAUUGGUCAGUCUUGCAUCAGCCUGCUUCACGUUUUUUUCCAUACCUCUUUUUUUUAUGCCAUCACGGAAUCAUUGUACGCAAUGUUGAAGG